AUGGCAGCCCAUCAGGAGAAAAAACCUUCUGAAGAAAGAAAACACAAAAGCACCCAAAAUGAUACUCGAACAUCUCAAGUCCAGUGGGGAAGAGCAUGGGAAGUGGACUGGUUUUCCUUGGCAAGCAUCCUUUUACUGCUCCUGUUUGCGCCACUCAUCACAUAUUACUUCAUAAUGUCCUGUGACCAGUACCAAUGCUCUCUGACUGAUCCACUCAUUGACUUGCUCAUGGGGAAUAAACAUCUGUCUGACAUCUGGAACAAGACUCCUACACUGACCUAUAGGGCUGCUGGCAUCUAUACCCUUUGGGUCGCUUUCCAGGUGGUUUUGUAUGUGUUCAUUCCUGACUUCUGCCAUAAAUUUCUUCCUGGAUAUGUAGGAGGUGUACAAGAAGGUGCUGUCACCCCUGCUGGUGUAGUAAAUAAAUAUGAAAUCAAUGGACUUCAGGCUUGGAUCAUUACCCAUGUGCUUUGGUUUGCCAAUGCCUAUUACUUCCACUUUUUCUCACCUACCAUAAUUUUUGACAACUGGAUUCCUCUCCUGUGGUGUGCCAAUAUCCUGGGAUAUACAGUUUCCACGUUUGCAAUGAUUAAAGGCUACUUUUUCCCUACCAAUGCCAAAGACUGCAAAUUCACUGGCAACUUCUUUUACGACUACAUGAUGGGGAUUGAAUUUAACCCUCGAAUAGGAAAGUGGUUUGAUUUCAAGCUCUUCUUCAAUGGGCGCCCUGGUAUUGUAGCCUGGACUCUGAUUAACCUUUCCUAUGCUGCUAAACAACAGGAGCUGUAUGGUCAAGUAACUAACUCCAUGAUCCUUGUCAAUGUCCUUCAGGGUAUUUAUGUCUUGGACUUCUUUUGGAAUGAAGCCUGGUAUUUGAAAACCAUUGAUAUCUGCCAUGAUCAUUUUGGAUGGUAUUUGGGCUGGGGAGACUGUGUUUGGUUGCCUUACCUCUAUACUUUGCAGGGUUUGUAUUUGGUUUACCACCCUGUCCAGCUGGGCACAGCUAAUGCCAUAGGGAUCUUGAUGUUGGGUUUAAUUGGCUAUUACAUCUUCAGAAUGACCAACCACCAGAAGGACCUCUUCCGUCGUACAAACGGCAAUUGCAAGAUAUGGGGGAAGAAACCAGAGUAUAUUGAGUGCUCCUACAUGUCUGUGGAUGGGACCAAGUACUACAGCAAACUGAUGACCUCAGGAUUCUGGGGGUGGGCGCGCCAUUUUAACUACACAGGAGAUUUGAUGGGCUCCUUGGCCUACUGCCUGACUUGUGGGUUUGAACACAUCUUGCCUUACUUCUACAUUGUUUACAUGAUUAUUCUGCUAACCCACCGUUGCAUUAGGGAUGAACACCGUUGUUUCAGCAAAUAUGGGAAGGACUGGAAGCGCUACACUGCUGCAGUGCCUUACCGGCUCAUUCCAGGAAUAUUUUAAGGCUAACACAGAAUCCAGAAGAAAGAAAACAGAAACUUUUUUUGGAAGUGAAGAGAGUUUAUCCACAUAGUUAAACUGACAAGAACA